GUCAAGUUAUUGAGUUUGACACUUUCAUUCGCACGUGUUUUUUGUCUAAGUUAAUUGUGUUUUUACUAAUGUAAACGUUUAAAUAAAAUUAUGGAUCCCAAAAAGAUAUUGCAAAAGCCAUCCCUAGCUUAUACGAGCAAUCCUAAUUUCAGUAAACCGCCUAAAACACCCAACCCUUACCUACAAUGCUUAGGAACACCUCAUGUAGACUCAUUCAACUACAUGGUUCAAGAUGGUCUUAAAGCUGCUAUUGCUGACUUGAUUCCCGCCGAGUUUGAGAUGCCGAGCGGAGAAAAAAUUAAAAUAACUAUAGAUGAGGCUGCUUUUGCCAAACCUAGUGUUCCUAUGGAGGCAGUUGGUGUGAAAAACCAGAGAGUCUUGCCUACUGAAUGCCGGCAAAGAGCUGCUACAUAUAGAGGAGAUUUUAAGAUAAGGUUGAACUUUGAAAUCGAUGGAAAGUCCAUGAUUAUGGAUAGGUCGCUUGGAAGUCUUCCCAUCAUGCUAAAGUCAAAAGUGUGCCACUUAGCAGACUUAUCACCGGAGGAGCUUGUGAAACACAACGAGCAUGCCGAUGAAUGGGGUGGAUACUUUGUUAUAAAGGGUCAUGAAAGAUUAACUCGUAUGUUGCUUGUUACGCGUCGCAACUACCCCGUCGCAAUCAAACGUUCAGGCUGGAAAAUGAGAGGCAACCUCUUCUCGGAUUAUGGUGUCCUGGUACGCUGUGUGAAGCCCGAUCUUACUAGUACUAACAAUGUACUUCAUUUUCUCCAAAACGGUACCAGCAAGCUCAUGUUUUCCCAUCGCAAAGUGAUGUACUACGCUCCACUGGUGUUGAUCAUGAAGUGUCUCGUUGAUCAUCCCGACCACUACAUAUACAGACUGUUGCUACACGGGAAGAAAGAUGAUUUGUAUUAUGUUAAUUGUAUACAGAAUAUGCUCCGUGAACUACACGAGGAAGGUCUCCAUACGCAGGAGGAGUGUAGGUCCUACCUAGGUCGUAUGUUCAGACCUAGACUACAUGAGUUGCCUCCCUGGGCGACAGAGCUGGACGCAGCUGAUUUCUUGCUAACUCGGUGUGUUCUGAUCCAUCUCAACAGUUACUCGGAUAAGUUCUACGCUUUAGUUUUCAUGGCUCAGAAAUUGUAUGACCUUGUGCAGAAUAAAUGUAAGGUUGAAGGUGCUGAUGCCGUAAUGGUCCAGGAGUUACAAAUGGGAGGGCAUCUUUACCUCCAAGUUUUGAAGGAAAGAUUACAGACAUUACUGUACGUCAUAAAGGCAAAUUUAAUAAAACGAGCUAAAACUGCUAAGAAUUUUGUUAUAAGUUCGAAAGAACUACAGCAAGUUAUUCGCACUGCUGGCUCGUUGGAACAGAAGUUUGAGACAUUUUUAGCAACUGGAAACGCUCCUUCGAAUAAUGUUAACCUUGCUCAAUACAAGGGAUUGACGAUCGUCGCUGAGAACAUUAAUAGACAGCGUUAUAUGUCGCAUUUCAAGGCGAUCCACCGCGGUUCGUUCUUCAUGGAGAUGAGAACGACCGAAGCCCGACAGCUGUUGCCGGACGCGUGGGGCUUCGUAUGUCCCGUACACACGCCCGAUGGAGCCCCCUGCGGCCUGCUGAACCACCUCACAGCCUCCGCUCAGGUCACCCAGCACGCCGAUCCAAAGCAAAUAGCCAAUCUACCCUUCGUUCUAGAAACGUGUGGUAUGGAACCUAUAAGCUCAGUGGCCCACACGCCAAUAACUCAAGACGUGUACAAGUACCCAGUGUUCAUUGACGGCAAAUUAGUGGGAUAUUUAUCUGAAGAAACCGCACAGAAGAGUACUGCAUACCUCAGAACGUUGAAAGUCAAAGGUGAAGAUGUUCCCAUAACCACCGAAAUUGUGCUGAUACCCAAGAAACAGAUAUGUGCGCAAUACGCCGGAGUAUUUCUGUUUACAACUGAAGCUCGUAUGAUGAGGCCCGUUAUCAGCCUGUCUACCGGACAGUUGGAACUUAUCGGGACGAUGGAACAACUUUAUUUGGACAUUGCAGUCACACAGAACGAGAUUAUCAAAGGUAAAACAACACAUUUGGAGCUGUCGAAGUCGGCUUUCAUGAGCAACUUGGCGCAAUUGGUUCCUAUGCCAGACUGCAACCAGUCGCCCCGUAACAUGUACCAGUGCCAGAUGGGUAAACAAACCAUGGGAACCCCCAUCCACACAUGGGCAACCAACGCCGAGACCAAGCUAUAUCGCCUUCAGACCGGGGCCGCACCACUCUUCAGACCUGUACAACACGAUAACCUACGCCUAGACGACUACCCAGCUGGGACCAACGCGAUCCUAGCUGUCGUCUCCUACACGGGCUAUGAUAUGGAAGACGCGAUGAUUAUAAAUAAGUCGGCCUACGAACGUGGUUUCGCAGCUGGAACUGUGUACAAGGCUAACUUCGUGGACCUGAAGACGACGUCAUCGUACUUCUGUAGGGACCCAAGUAAACCUGAACUUAGUGCGCAUAUCGAUGAGGAUGGAUUGCCUUCCGUCGGUGCUAGAGUUCAGCCUGAAGAUCCUUUUUAUUGUUACUAUGACGGAGAAAAGAGUCAAUUCGUGGUGUCUCGAUACCACGGUACGGAAGAAGUUUUCGUGGACAGUGUGAGGCUAUGCGGAGAUUUUUCUUCGAAAUCACCUAAAAAGGCUUGCAUCAUGGUUCGGAUACAACGUAAUCCAACCGUGGGUGACAAGUUCGCUUCCCGCGCUGGUCAAAAGGGAAUUUGCUCCCAAAAAUGGGCAGCAGAAGACCUACCCUUCACGGAGUCAGGCUUGAUCCCGGAUAUCCUGUUCAACCCCCACGGUUUCCCAUCCCGUAUGACAAUCGCUAUGAUGAUCGAGUGUAUGGCGGGGAAAGCCGCGUGUCUACAUGGACAUGUCCACGACGCGACCCCGUUCCGUUUCAACGAACAGGACACAGCUAUCAACUACUUCGGUCGACUACUUGAGGCUGGCGGAUACAACUACUUCGGUACUGAGCGAAUGUACAGCGGUGUGGAUGGAAGGGAAAUGACUGCUGAUAUCUUCUGCGGAUUGGUACACUAUCAGCGACUCAGACACAUGGUCUCCGAUAAAUGGCAGGUCCGCACCACGGGCGCCGUGGACGCGCUGACGCGGCAGCCCGUGAAGGGGCGGCGGCGCGGCGGCGGCGUGCGGCUGGGCGAGAUGGAGCGCGACGCGCUGCUGUCGCACGGCGCCGCCUUCCUGCUGCAGGACCGCCUGUUCCACUGCUCCGACAAGAGCGAGGCGAUCAUCUGUUCGAAAUGCGGUACUCUACUGGGUCCUAUAGCUAGCAACGCUGAUGGAACAAAAGACUCGUGCAGACUCUGCGGCGAUGGCAACUUAUUGUCUAUUUCAAUUCCGUAUAUAUUUAAGUUCUUUGUAACGCAACUCGCGUCCGUCAAUAUUAAAAUUAAGAUCAAUUGUAACACAAAUUUAGCUGUUAAGAGUUGUUGAAUAUCGAUUUUGUACGCAUUUUGUUAGAAAUAUGUAAUAAAUUUUUACUAUUAAAUGUUGUUUUAGUUAAA